GCUUUGCUUACUGCUUUUGAAACUGCACUAUGACGGAUGCUCAGAUGGAGGAGGAUCCUGUAGAGGAGCCAGGCCAGGAAGCUGAAGAGGGAGGCAGGGGCAAAGGUGCGAGAAGCUUUUGGUGGGGCUGCAUGGUUCACAUUGGCACGGCCAGCGCCUGAAAGGAUGGCACGUGCCGGACGAGGAGAAGGAGGAGGCCGCAGGGGAGGCCUAUGAGACUGAAGAUCAGCACAUGGAUGAUCAGCCCCAGGAAGAGGUUGAGGAAGCAGAAAUGAAGGAGGAGGAGGAUAAGAAAGAGGAUGCGGCACAUGUAGAGAACGAAGAGAUGGAUGAAGAGCAGGAAGACGGCAGUGCCUGGUGGGCAUCCGACCAGAAGCAAGAGGGCAAGGACGAAGCUGCCGAAGGCGGCGACGCCGACGCCGGCGAUGCCGGCGAAGCCGGCGAAGCCGGCGAGGCCGGCGAGGCCGGCGAGGCCGGCGAGGCCGACGGUGAUGCGGACGCCGGCGCCAUUGACGACCCCAAUGUGGUGAAGAUAGAUGUGGGCUGGGAAGCAGCGGCCUGGCUCCGGGAGGACGAGGGCCGGCGGCUGCGGAAGCUCGAGCGCCUGGCGGGCGGCGAGGCUGAGGCCAGUGAGGAGGGCAUGCUGAAGAUGACGCCCAACAUCCUGCCGCUGGGCGCCUGUGGCACACCCCACUCUUGGUGCGAGCUUUGUGCCCGCGCACUGUGCGCCAUGCGAUCCGGCGAAGAGGUGGAGCUUACCGCUGGGCUGAUCGAGGCUGCUGAGGCGAGCGCCGACCUGGAGGGCCUGGGGGUGGCCAUCGUGGAGGUGCCCGGGUCCGUGGAGAAGAAGGCCAUCUCCGGCAAGGAGGGCGCCAAGCUGCUGGAGAUGUGCGAUGCGUCGGACAUCAUCGCUCUGUUCACUUGGACCCAGUCAGAGUCGCAGGACGCGCAAAGCGCGGAACCUCAGCGAUACGAAGCAGGCGACGCGGUCGAAGGCAAGUAUGGGGAAAGCUGGUUUGAUGCCGAAGUUGUUGAAGCUGCUGACGCAGGCAGCGACGUCAAGGUCAAGUGGGGCCAUGAUGGUUCUGAGGCUGACCUGGCCCAGUCUGAUGUGCGGCGGAAGGCAGUGGAGGAGGCAGAAGCCGCGCCCGAGGUGAAGGAGGGUGACAAGGUUGAAGCCAAAUAUGGUGAGAGCUGGUUCGAGGCGGAGGUCAUCAGCACCGAGAAUGACAAAGUCAAAAUCAAGUGGGGCUUCGAUGGCUCCGAGGAGGACGUGGACAGCAGCUCAGUGAAGCCCAAAGAGGCGCCGGCGCAGCUGAAGGAGGGCGACCAGGUCGAGGCAAAGUACGGUGACAGCUUUCACGCCGCAGAGGUGGUCUCCGUGACUGAGGACAAGAUCAAGGUCAAAUGGGGCCACGAUGGCAGCGAGGCGGAGCUGGACCCCCAGGAGGUGAAAGCCAAGGAGGCGGAGCCCCCGGCGCCGCCGGCCAAGCUGCUGCUAGUGGGGCUGCGCAGGCCGCGCCUGGAGGUGGAAGUCAAGGUGCUGAACCGCAUCGAAGCCAAGGCUCCUGGUCAUGUCGCUGCACUGGGAAGAGCUUGCGAGGAAGGCAUGGUCGGUCUGACCAUCAUGGACUUAAACCCUGGCGGGGACGGCAGCCUGGGGAAGCUCAUCGGCAAAGGCGGCGCCACGAAGCAGAAGACGGAGAGGAUCUGCGGUAGCAGCUUUGAGUUCAUGGGCAAGGACACUGAGACAAAGCAGGCCUUCAUUGUGGGCACUCCGGAUCAGCGGUCCAGGACGCAGGCGGUUUUGGAGCUGCUGCAAUCCGCCGUGGACUUCCGAGUCAAGGCCACAGAGCUGCCGCUGGCACUGAAGGACGUUGUCACCUCCCUGGUGGUGCCGGGAUCUGCCAGUGCAGCUGUCUCAGGCGACCUGCAGCUGCAUCCCAUCCAGGACAGCACUGAUUCCAUCAUUAUUGCUCUGGCGAACCCAGUGCAGCAGACAGUGCUGAAAAAGGAGUUUGCAAAGGACCAGAUUGUCGAGUGCAAGUUCAAGGGCGAGUGGUUGGAAGCCGCAAUACUGGACAUCAAGAGCUGGGCCGCCGAUUCAGAUGACGAGGAUGAGACUGACGGGCGGACCUUUGUGGUCAAAUUCCUGCGAGACGGGCAGGAAGCCUCUGUCCUGGCGAUGAACGUCCGAGAGCAGCUGGCUCCGGAGGAGGCCCAAGAACGUGAGCGGGCCAAAGGGCGGCGCCUGCUGGUGGUGGCCGCUGAUCCGGAGAAGCGCUUGGAGGCGGUGCUGCGGCUGGCGGCUAUGCUGGAGGCAGCCAGCCCGGGCGUUUUCAGCACUGGCGACCAUGUGCUGGAUACUGGAGAGAAGCUCGCGGUCAGCACGUGUCCAACCUCGACAAACGUGCAGGAGGACUUUGUGCGGCGGCUGAGUGUGGCGGCACAUUGCGCCAUGGUGCCAGUCGAGCAAACCAUGUACUUGGCGAGCACCUCGCCCGCUGACUGCGCACGCGCAGAGGCUUUUUUGAAGCCAUUCCUCGGCGAGAAGCCCGAUGCCACGCAGGUGGACGAAAUUGACGACUCGAUCACCAUCAACAUUGAAAAAGACAAAGAGAAGAAUCUGCCCCAGCGCGUGCUUGACGAAGUUUCAGACAAGCUGGGGGUCGUGGCCUUCUUUGACGAGGGCGCCACUCUCGCCGGUGUGGAGGACAGCGUUCGCUGCGCCAUCCUAUGCUGGGAUACAGAGAAGCAGGCCGCGGCGGUGUCCAUGAUCCAGGAGUUGAAGGAGGUGGAGCCCGCGGAGGAGUGGAAGGCUGAGGAGUGGAAGAAUGACGAGGAGUGGAAGGACGAGAAGCAAGACUGGCAAGAAGAUGACAAAAAGAGGAAAUGGGAGGAUGACAAAGACUGGAGCAGCGACAAGCACGCGAAGAAAGACUGGUCCGACGACAAAGGAUCUUGGGGCAAGGAGAAGGACAAAGGUUGGGAGAAGGAUAAGAAGUGGGGCUCCGAUUCGAAGUCCUGGGAUGACAAGGGGAAAGAUGACGGAAAGUCCUGGGAUCAAAAGAAGAAGUGGGGCCAGGAUGAUGGGCAGAAAGAUGACUGGAAGAAGAAGGAUGAUUGGAGCAACAAGGACGAUUGGAAACAGAAGGACCAGAAGGAUGAUUGGAAGAAGAAGGACGACUGGGGCCAAAAAGACGAUUGGAAACAGAAGGACCAGAAGAAGGAUGACUGGGGCCAAAAAGACGACUGGAAGAAGAAAAAGGACGACUGGGGCCAAAAAGACGAUUGGAAGCAGAAGGACCAGAAGAAGGAUGACUGGGGCCAGAAAGACGACUGGAAGAAGAAAGACGACUGGGGCCAGAAAGACGAUUGGAAGCAGAAGGACCAGAAGAAGGAUGACUGGGGCCAGAAAAAGAAAGACGACUGGGGCCAGAAAGAUGACUGGAAAAAGAAAGACGACUGGGGCCAAAAAGAACAGAAGAAGGAUGACUGGGGCCAAAAAGACGACUGGAAGAAGAAAGACGAGUGGGGCCAGAAAGAUGACUGGAAGAAGAAGGAUGACUGGAAGGCAGAUAAGCAACCAGCCUGGGGACAGAAGCAGGACUGGGGAAGCAAGGAGGAGAAGAAUGGGGGCUGGGGCAACGGCAAAAAGCAAGAGUCCUGGCAAGGUGCCAAGAGCGGUGGAGGCCAGAGCAAUGAUGGCGGGUGGGGCACCAGUUCCGCCAGCACAGGUUGGCAGAAGGAACAAAAGCGGAAGGAGAUGUGGAAUGGUCCAGAUCAUGAUGAUAGAGAUGCGAAGAAAUGGAAAACAGGCGCGCCUGCCCCGACCAGCGCCUACAACACCUUUGAAAAGAAGCCCGCCCCCUGGCAGCGAGCUGGAGGCGCCAGGAAUUUUGCCGCGGCGCCGCCGAAUCCGAAAGAAGUCCUUGACAGGAUGGGUGCGUGGCCCGAUUCAAUCGAUGAUUGGAAGCGUGUCCAAGACCAGGUCUGGGCAGGAGCUGCGCCUCUGGCGGACGGCUGGAUCCGUGUUUGGUCCAAGCGCCAUGAUUGCGAGUACUACCUGCGCCUGCAAGACAAUCAUGCAACCUUCGAGCUGGACGAAGUGUUCUAGGUUGCAGCUCUAAUUCCGUAAUUCCGUGCCUGCAUGGCACAGUUAGCCCGGGCGCGGCCAAAA